CGGUCGCGACGAAAGCGUGUGUACAUCGUGUCGUCGGUUCCCGGGUCUCUGAGUGAGCGCAGCCGCGAAAACUCACGAAAGGGGCGGCGAGAAGAGAGGGUCGAAUUCAGCGCGAAUUUGCGAAACGACGUAACGAUCGGAGCGGAUUUCGAGAGCAGUGACCCGUCAUCGGUAUUCGCGGUUCACCGCGCGAAGUGAGUCGCGAUUUGUGAAUCGUGGAUAAAGCCCGGAAUCUGAACGGAAAUCGCGCGACUCGACGAGGACUUGUGCAAGUCCCCCCGGCACCUGUCCCCGUGCUUGGCGAGUGAGUGACAAAGAGAGCCUCAGGGAGAGCCAGCGGGAGCAUCCGGCGGGGGGUGAUUAUCGCGCCCCGAUGCCACCCUGGCGUCGCGAGCGGUUCUGUGGUGAACCGCGCUAGUGAGAUCGUGAGGAUGAGUGACGUCGGUUGGCUGUCGCGCAGGGCAAGCAGGUGAAAUGGUGAAUUGCACUUAUGCGAUAACUUUCUUGUGGACGUGAUCGAAUGGGACAUUGUAUGAAAAUUGAGCGGGAAAAUCAGACUACAAAAGGUUUAUUCCCUUGGCCCUCGUCUAGGCACGUUCCUAAAUCACGUUCAUUGACCGGAGGGAAGUUUGACCUGGUUAUAAUCGAAGCCGUUAGCGGCGUCAAGCAUGGCGAGGAGCAGCGAGAAUGGAUGCGGACGCGGUUCCGAGCACACCGUCAUCGUUGUCCGUCGCUGCGAUGCCGCCGUCGUGUCACGUGGUAAGGCAAUGUCCCAGCAGCGCGAAUCGAUCAGCGUCGGUAACGGCGGCAGCGUCCAGCAACGUAGCAACGACGAUAGCACCGGGAACGGCACCACCACCGAAACCAACUCCAGCAAUCAAGGUACCGAGGGUACGGCCGAUUAGAAUCAUCUUCUUGAACGCGGACGUGGCGCACUUCAGAAUUAAUACGACGAAAGGGCGAAUGCAUCUCGCAGGAUGAAUUCGUGCGCGCUCUACUUUUCCCAGCUACGGGCGAUGCUCGUGAGAAAUCUUCUGCUUAAGAAACGCGAAAAGCGGAAGACGAUGGCGGAGAUCUUUCUACCCCUGUACACUCUUGGGAUCUUGAUUGUGGUGAAGGUCCUGAUACCGAACCCAAAUUAUCCCGCGAUGACGACGCAAAGACAUGAAGGAGAUGUAUUCAAAUUAUUCAACGGCCACCAAAAUAACACGAUUGCCGUGGUACCCAAUUCUACGGAAACCCUUAGCUUUUUAAGCUCCAUGAACACCCUCUGGCUCUCUAUGUGGGAUUAUCCCGAUAAGCUUCCCUUAAACUUCAUGGUGUUCGACACGAAAGACGAUCUGCAGGCAGCAUAUUGGAGAGAUCCUUACAGCGUACCCUUGGCAGUUAUCUUCGAGGAUUCUCAACCGAUAUCACAGCGUCUCAUAUAUGAAAUUAGAACGAAUCCUUCGUACACCUCGCCGCCUUCGCCAACAGAAUUGUAUUCUGCUCCGGUUACCUGUCGAAAAGACACAAGCCACUGGAUGGGUGGCAUUUUGUCGAUAGAGACCGGUGGAUCCUGUCCCGUCAAUAAUUACUUACAUUCCGGCUUCUUAGGUCUACAGAUGAUAAUGGAUAUCACAAAAAUAAGAUUGGACACGGGAAAUUUGGACGUGACUGUACCGGAUAUUAAACUCGAGAUGUUUCCCAAGGAAGCUUUUACUGCUGAUUGGAUGCUAGCCUUCAGAGUUGUUAUUCCUCUCUACAUGGUCUUAGCGCUAUCGCAAUUCAUCACUUAUCUUCUGAUUUUGAUAGUCGGCGAGAAGGAGAAUAAGAUAAAGGAGGGAAUGAAAAUCAUGGGCCUAAAUGAUUCCGUGUUUUGGUUGUCAUGGUUUAUCAUCUAUAGCAUCUUCGUUUUUUUGCUCUCCGCCGUCGGAGUGAUAUUGCUUUUCACCCUGCAAAUGUUUCAACACACACAUUUCCUGCCGAUAUUUCUUCUGGUGGUGCUAUACAGUUUCUCCGUAAUCAUGUUUGCCUUCAUGAUCACGCCGUUCUUUGAUAAAUCCCGUACGGCUGGUGUCUUGGGCAACUUUGCUGUCACAAUGCUGAGUUUAAUGUACUUCAUUCAAGUAUUUGUAGAUGAUUCCAGCUCGAUCUCUUUCUGGUUGGUCUCUCUACUUAGCCCAACGGGAGUCGCUUUAGCCAUGGACAAAGCUCUGGUAUUGGAUUUGCAAGGUCAGGGAGUAAAUUUUGAUAAUCUGUGGUCUGGCCCUGGGAUACCCUUCGGCGGCAGUCUCAUCAUGAUGACUCUAGAUAUUUUCCUAUAUGGCUUGUUGGCCUAUUAUCUCGACUCUGUGGUACCAAGUGAGUAUGGAACCAAGAUGCCACCUUGGUUUUGCUUCGUACCAGGAUUUUGGUGUCAGAGAAAGGUUCAAAGGGUGCCAUCAUCGAACGGCGAGUCGAAUUCUUUUAUCCCGGGCGAGGAGACGAAUCGCGACGUGGAGCCGGUAGUGCGAGAAAUGAAAGGCCGUGAGGCGAUCAGAAUAGCCGAUCUCUACAAAUCUUAUCACAAGUGUAGACGCGCGGAAACCAAAGCUGUGAAUGGCAUCAAUCUUACUAUUUACGAGGGUCAGAUUACCGCCAUCCUCGGACAUAAUGGCGCCGGCAAAACCACUCUCUUCAACAUUCUUACGGGUCUUACCGCACCUACAGCCGGCACGGCUCUUAUAUUCGGAUAUGAUGUGCGCGAUUCCAACGACAUGCGGGCGAUACGCAGCAUGACGGGUGUCUGUCCGCAACACGAUAUUCUUUUCGAUCUGCUGACACCACGCGAGCAUCUCGAAUUCUUCGCCGCCGUGCGCGGCAUUCCACGCUCGAUGAUACAACACGAGGUGAAGAAAACCCUGAAAGAUAUCGAUUUAGUCGAGAAAGCGGACACUUUCGCGAAAUAUCUAAGCGGUGGACAAAAGAGGAAGCUAUCAGUGGGAAUCGCCAUCAUCGGCGAUCCUAAAAUUAUUAUUCUGGACGAGCCUACCGCCGGAGUGGAUCCUUAUUCGCGGAGACAGAUGUGGUCUUUUCUGCAAUCGAGACGACAUGGAAAGGUGAUUCUGCUGACGACUCACUUCAUGGAUGAGGCGGAUAUUCUUGCAGAUAGAAAAGCAGUAAUCAGCAAGGGAAAACUCCGAUGCUGCGGCAGCUCCCUGUUCCUGAAGAACAAGUUUGGCAUUGGAUAUCACUUAACUUUAGUCUUAGAGGGUAAUGCAAGGGAACAUGCUAUCAACCGAUUAGUGAUGUCGCACGUGAGUAAAGCGGAGAAGGCGAGACGUCACGGUCGAGAAUUGAGCUUCAUUCUACCGCACAAUUCUGUGGAGAACUUUGCUUCACUGUUUACUGCCAUCGAGCAUGAGAUCCAGACCCGCUCAAGCAGACUCGGCAUCAGUAGUUACGGUGUGUCGAUGACUACUUUGGAAGAGGUGUUUCUGCAUUUGGAGAAAGACGAGGAGACCGAAUGCACGAUGGAUAAUCUAUCGAAAAAGAUGGUGCGCAAUCGAGCGCUUAGUCGAUCGCUCUCGUUGCAGUCCAAGAGUACGUCUUAUCAGAGUUUGCAGAACGAGGGAGUAACCGUUCAAGGUGACAGUCAAGGAAAAGUGAGCGAUUUGCCAGACGGCGUCCAUAACGAUCGAAAUCCGCCUGUGCUCGGUCUCGGCCUAGAUCCUAUCAAGAUCCGGCCUAACUUCCUUCAGACUCUCUACGCCAUGCUACGUCUAAGAGUGCUCAGGCUCCUCAGGAAUAUCCAGUUAUUGUACUUUACGAUCCUCAUGCCGCUAGCUCUGAUAGUGCUUGGUCUCUAUCUGCAUAGUAUCCAGACUGUCGACAUCAAAAUGCAGUCGUUGAAACUUAAUAGCCAGACAUACGGCGAAGAAACCAAGAUUCUCUACAUAAAUAACACCGACCAUGACAUUACCGAGUUGAUGGACAGUGUAGCUCAUAACGCCAAGCAUAUCGAAGAAUACGAGGGUGAUUUUGCAAAUUUAUUGAACAUUGCGCCGCAUAUAGCUGCCUUCAAUAUUAAUGAUUAUAAUCUGCCACGAUUCAACAUGACUGUCAUCUACAAUGAUACGAUGCAACAUUCCCUUCCGAUCUUGAUAAACAUUCUCUCAAAUACUUAUUAUAGUUUGAUCUCAGACAAGAACGAUCCUACGCGGAUCGAAGUCAAAACGCAUCCCUUCCAGCAAACGUCGCAACCCCAAGAGUUCAACAUCGGCACGGCCAGUUGUGCUCUCUUUAUCGGUAUGGACUUCGUGUUAUUGCCGAUAACUCUAGCAGUGGAUAUGGUUUACGAUCGCGAGAUCAAAGCGAAGAACCAACUUCGUGUGAACGGCCUGUCGUUUCCUAUGUACUUCCUGAGCUAUUUUAUCGUCCUGGUUGGCCUGAUGAGUUUCAUCUGUCUGUGUAUCCUCGGCAUCAUAUUCCUUUUUGAUGUGCCUUCACUACAGGAGUUGCCGGCGAUUAUCACCCUCGGCACCCUUCUCAUGCUCUACUGCCCGUCUUCUAUUCUCUUUUCGACUUGCCUCAGCUAUAUCUUUGAUAAGAUGGAUUCUGCGCAAAGCAUUUUGCCGAAUAUCGCGACUUUCUUCGGGCUGAUACCAUUCCUUCUCGUCAUGAUCCUUGAUAUGUUGGGAGUCGGUGGGACAGCAGCUUUCGCGUUGCACGUGGUCUUCUCACUGUUGAAUGCUAUGUAUGUGCCGUAUGCAGCAGUAUAUUAUGUGGAUCGCGUUUACCUGAUGUGCUCUAUCAAUGCCGCCUGCCAACAUCUUACCAUGUCGGAUUAUCUCACCACGGAGAUCAUAUUGAUGGCUUUCGGCGUGCUGUUGCAUAUCCCGCUCUGGUUUUUCGUCCUGCUUCUAUUGGACAUUAAGAAGAGCGGCGGCAAUAUCAGCGAAUUCUUCAAAUAUUUUUUACGUAAUGGUGGCUCCAUUGGUGAAGAAAUAAUGGAAAACCCUGACAUCGGUGAACACGAAGAUGCAGAUGUGAAAAACGAGCGGCAGAAGGUUUUCAAUCUUAUUACAUCAUCGGCCGUUCAAGAGCCGCCUGUAGUAUUGGUACAGAACCUGCGAAAAGAAUACUGUCAACGAGAGGCAGUAUCAUCCUGUAGUUGCUGCUUGAAGCGUGAGGAGGAGGUUGUGCAAAAGCAACGAAAAGUCGCCGUGCGAAAUCUCUCACUGAUGGUGGAACCGGGUGAGGUUUUGGGCCUGCUAGGCCACAACGGCGCUGGCAAAACCACGACCAUGAAGAUCAUCAUUGCCGAGGAAGCGGCGACGAGGGGCAGGGUACAGAUCGGCGGUCAUAAUAUCAACACCCACAUGGCGGAUGCUUUCCGUCAGAUGGGCUAUUGUCCUCAACACGACGCUCAAUGGAAAAAUAUUACCGUGCGAGAACAUCUUGAGUGCUACGCCGCGAUUCGCGGGGUUCCAUGGAGCGAUGUCGACAGAAUUGUAGACCUAUAUCUGUCCGGUUUACAAAUCCACGAACACGCCGACAAGCAGACUCAAGAAUGUUCCGGUGGGACUAGAAGAAAACUCAGCUUCGCGAUGGCGAUGGUCGGUGGACCCAAAGUGGUUCUGAUGGACGAACCGAGUACAGGCAUGGAUCCCAGAUCAAAGAGAUUCUUAUGGGACACGAUUCUCGCUAGUUUCCAGGGUGGCAGGGGAGCCAUAUUAACUACCCACUCUAUGGAAGAAGCCGAUGCGCUGUGUUCGAGAGUCGGUAUAAUGGUGAAGGGUGAGCUGAGAUGCAUUGGUUCGACUCAGCACCUGAAGAAUCUCUACGGUGCCGGCUAUACUCUCGAGAUGAAGCUGCAGGGUGGGGAUUGCACGCCAACAACUCCCUCCGGCGAUAGGAUCGCUAGCUUGAAAGAAUUUGUCGCCAGCCUCUUCUCCGAUGCCACUUUGGAGGAGAGCUUUGCCGAUCGGGUGGUCUUCGCCGUGCCCCAACACGCUGUAAACUCGCUGGCCGAGUGCUUUAUGCAGUUGGAGAAAGCCAAACUCGAACUGGACAUAGAAGAAUAUAGCUUUAGUCAAACUACUCUGGAACAAGUAUUUCUCAAGUUCUCGCAUUACGACGAGGGCAAUUCCGUGGAAUGAUAAUUCAUAGUGCUAAUGUGUUGUUGUUAUAUGAUAAUCAGUGAAGUGAAUUUUUAAUGAGUGUACGCAAAAGUGUUCGUCUGAAUACGCGAAAAAGUGUGCUCGAAUGACGAAUGUUUUUAAUUGCUAAGUUUUGGGAACACGGUUUCCGUUAUUUUCGUUAGCGAAUCAUGUGAUUGUGAUGACAUUCAUCAGCACCUCCUUGUUCUAAGAUAUUGUCCAGAUGAACAAAAUGAUUAUCCAACGGUUCUAGUAUUAUAUUUCAAAGAAGUAGCAAUGUGACACAUCGUCUCGUGCCUUCAAAUCCUUGGAGGGUCAAUGAAGAAACACAGUAUGAGAUGAGAGAAGAGAAGUUGUCAAUAAUCUUAAUCGUAUUUUAAAGUGUUGCGUCAAGUCGAUACGUAUAAGUCGCUCCAAAACUUGAUGAAAAUUGAAGAAAGACAGAACGGAACAAUUAUCCGAAUCAUAGCGUUUAGGAUGACGAAAAAUUAUUUAAUAUUGUUCUGAAAUAUUAAAGAAAUAAUUAUAGAAAAAUUAAAAAACAAUUAGUCGGAAAUGGUUGCGUGGUGCUUAAAAAAAAAGUCACUCUGCAACUUUAGAUCAUUAAUGCAAGAACGAAACAAAACGAGGGUGAAGGAAUAGAUAGCCAACUGUCUCAGCAUUACGUUGAAUAGCAGUAUUAAGAUGACAGAAAACUAGGAAUGAUGAAAGAUAGCUAAUAUAUCACAGCUUAGAUCUGCGAAGGAGUGUUAAAGUAAUUAGUCGCUUUGUAGAACUCCAAACUGUUGGCGAAACGAUGAUAGGACGAUAAAAUUAUGAGGGAACAGUUAGCCACUAGUUUUAAAGUGCGAGAGUUUCAAAGGAGUAUUAAAUCACAGAUCUCUCUCAUCUUGCAGCUCCAUAGAAAAAUGACGGAAAAGCGGUUAGACAACAGAAGGCAAAACUUCAACCAAGAAUUAAGAUGAAAGUUUGACUUGUAAUCAUGAUAGAACGAUAGAGAAUUUAACAAUCGCGGGUAUCAAGAUGACAGAAAAAUCAUCUCAUUGUUGCAAAUUAUCCUGCUGAGAUACUCUAGAAAAAUAAAAGAACUGUUAUUAGUCUUAGUGUAUUUCGAGACGUAUCAGUCGAAAAAUCAGCUAAAGAAUGAUAGAAAGAAAUUAUUCCCUCAGAUGGUGCUUCGAAAAAAUGUUGAGGCGACGGGCCGCCUUCCGGUUCCGAAAUAUUGAAAGAUCGCGGAUAGAACAGUUAGGAACAAAUAGGAAGCUAUAAUAAUAAAUCGUUUUGCUUUGAGAGAACAUUGUGAUAGAGUUGAGUGACGGGAGAAAAAAAACAUUGACGGUGGCGUUACUGUUUAUGAUGGAACAAGUGAACAUACGUAAAAAAAUCGUCUCUCUUGCGAAAGAAGACUGUCUCUUACAAAAUUUUAUGUAUUUAUCCUGUAAAUAGUCUCGCGUGGGGUACCACGCCGUGGGGGGAGGGGGAGUAAUUAUCGCGGCUCGAGCACGAUCUCCAUUUUGACAAUGGAGCGUCAUCUCAAGCUUAAUUUUACGCUCGACAUUCUACGCAUGACAUUUUUAUUCGAUAUCUCUAUUUCUCUCAUUGGCUUUGUCUUAUCGUGACAUCGUGUCCGAGAGAAAAGCUCUCUCGCUGUUGCGAGCCUCGGUGUCCGAGGGUAAAUGUCGGGCGUAAACAAGACAUUUACGCGAGAAAUGAGCGUGGCAUUCUCGCGGCAUAGUGUCGAAAUUACAUACCGGUAGUCCACUUUGUAUUUAAAAACUUAUAGAUAAAAAAAUAGAACUCGUAUCGAUAUAUUGCACUGGAAUUGGAGCGCACGGUUCACGUUGUUCUCGGCAUCACUGCAAGUCAAUGGACCACAGUUCGAGAAAAAAUAAUAUCCCGCGAAAUUUCAGUUUUCAACUGGUCACAUCGUUUUUCUUUCGAACAGUGGAAAAAGAUCUUUAUCUAAUAAACAUUCAAAUAUUAUUGAAACAUGAUACUGAAAUUCUAUCAUUUUAUUUGCAACUUACUCGAAGAAAGAUUACUAUUGUAUUCUGCACGUAAAAUAGUUAAUACAAAAAUAUAUAAGUUUCCAAUAUGUUAAAGCUCUGUUAAAACUAUUCAAAAAUUUUUAAUAUUUUUUCUUUCAUAUUGCUCUUUCAAUACAUCUAAAUUUUCUAACGGAAUUGAAUAAUUUAAUAUCCCAAUGGAUUAAAUACAAAACACACACACAGAAAAAUAUGCAUUUUUUUUUUUAUUAAAUGAAAAUAAAUUUCUAAUGAAUAUUAAUGGAUUUUAUUUGUAUAUUAAUUGUAACACAUUAUUUCAUGCUUUUUGUGAUUAUGCCUAUCACUAUUUAGUUAUGUCAAUGUAAAUUGAUUGUAAAAUAUGAGCUCAAAUUAUCAUGCUUUUAAUUAUCUUUUUUCUCCUUUGUAUGAUAUAUUCAUAAGAGUCUUUAUUAGUUUAUUUUUAUAUAUAUUAUAAACAGUAAUACACAUCUUCUACGUAAGAUUGCAAAUAAAAUGUUAAUAAAAUAUUAGAUGAGAAAAUUGAAAAUAAAUUUAUAAUGCAGAACUUCAAAUUAUCUGCUUUUUGAGACGAACUAUCAAAGUGAUAACAACGUGAGUCUCGCUGGGCUCGUAAUGGCAUCGAGUGUUACGAGAGGUGUUUGAGAAGUACUUUUCAUCGUGAUUAUUUAAUCUUUUAGAUAAUGAAGGAAUUCCAGUUUUAUAGACAUUUUGAAUUUUUAAACACGAAACAUUAAUAUAUUGGUGUAAGUUUAGUAUUUAAUAUUUGUAUAUCUUCUGUAAUUUGUGAAAAAUUAAAAAAAAUUUUUUUUUCUGGAGAGCACAAGCAGAACAAGACUUGAAUGAAAUAAAAAAAAAACGUUAAAAUAAUUUAACGAUUUAUAUAACAGAUUAGUUAUUUGUAAGGAUUAUAUAAAUUAAAAGAGCAGACAUUGUGUGUGAUGGUCAUUCUCAAUAAUUAAUGUCCCGAUAUUACAGACAUAUACAUAUGUAUAGAGUAAUCAGAAGUCAGACGAUAUUUUAUUCUCUUUUGAUAAGCGAGAAGAUUAAUGUGCCUUGAGUUUAGCGUAUAUACAUAAUUCAGGAAAAACCAAAAACAAAAAGAUAAACAUCAACUAUAAUCAUCCCGCCUGCAGAAUAAGAGUUAGAAAGCGCUGUAGCAAUCUUUUCUUGUAUUAUUUUUUCUGACAAAAAUUCGAUACAAUUUUUUCAUUAAAAAAAAAAAAAAUCUCGUAUAAAGCCUCGUAUUAUUUCUCAAACAUCUCUUGCGCAUUUUCUAUACACAUAUUUAAAAAAUACUCCCUAAAAAGGGCCGUAGUUCUAAAGAGGAAACGCAAGAAUGAUACAGCUUAUAGUUUUGAGCGCGCAACAACUAGAAUGUGUUUUUCUUGAAUGAUAACAGUCGUACGGACACUCUUUACUGUUAAACAUCGAUCGAAUGAUACAGCGAAUGACACCAAGAGAAAAACAGUCGCGAUUGAGGAUAUUGCUAAUAUAUAUAUGGGUAAUAACAUAGGUUUAAUUCUUUGCAUUCGACCGAUCUUAUUGUUAAUCGAGAUAAUUCCAUUAUUACUAUUAAAAGAAAAUUGUCUCUUACAAGAAAAAAUUUAUAAAUAAUUAAAUUAAAUUAAUGGGAGAAAAAAUUAAUUAUCAUGAAGAAGAAAUUAUAUACAUAUACACAUAUAUAUCUGUUUUAUCUCUUUUUGUCUAAUUUAAUAAUUCGCUUGUAUAUAUAAAGGAUUUAUAUGUAAUAUUUACAUGUAAUAAUUUUAAUGACUUUCUUUUAAGACAAUAUUUAAAUAGUAAUCAUUCAUAAAAAUAAUAAGUGCAAAAUUAAUACAAUAAAAAUAUUAUUCUACGAUGUUAAAUGAGAGAAAGAAAAAGAGGGAAGAGAUAAUAAUUAAUCAUAUUAAAUAAUUUUAUUCGAAUUUUUUUAAGUUGUAUUAUAACGUCCAAAUGCAAAGAAUUAAGCCGAUCUUCUGUCGAGGAUAAUUUUGCAUACUUUAAUCAGCGCGAACUACUGAUCAACAUUAAGCAAUAUAGACGAGAAAAAAUUAAAAUAAUUACGAUUACAUAAUUGAAAGCAAUGAAUGAUAAAGGGCGUCAAUUAAAAUGCGAUCGGUCAUCGGUUCUCGAUCGGAAAAUAUUUUAGUCCCUUCAAAUGAGCAAAUUAUUUGUGAUAUGUAUUUGAAUAUGAUGAUGUAUUCGAGAAAAAUAAUUUACAUAUUGGUUAUAAAUAUUAUACAUUUACAGUCUACCCUAAAAAACUUCACUGCUUUCUCUUUCAACGAUAUCCUUUCAAAAAUUUUGGAAUUAAUUUUUUUUCAAGCAAAUAAUUUGAUAGGAUUAAAUCUAUAUUUGCUUUCCAUUCAUUGUUUUACCUUUAACAUUAUGCCUUGCAUUGUAUGACAUUUUUAUUCGUUAAAAAAAUGAGUUUGCAUUUUUUCAGACUAUCUCAUAAAAUGGCUGAUUUACAGCUUUUUUUUUGUAAAAGGAAAAGGAAGGAGAUGCAGUGAAUUAGUGUAUGCGUAUGGAGUAGCUUGUAUAUAUAACAUUAUUAAUAAUUGUCUCAACAUUAUAGAAUAACUUGGAAAGAAAGGCAUACCCACGAAAUAUGUAUAUAAACUUUCUUGGUUCUGUAAAAAGAGAAAGGUAAUAUGCUUUUUAUACAAAUAUCGUUCAUCGAGAUUUUAGAGUUCCGCUUUUAUUGAUUUAUAAAGUAUACUCGGGAUGAUAGCGUCUUAUCGUCCAAUUUUUCAAAUAACGUAGUCGAACUGAAUAAAAUUGUAUCCAAGAUCGAAUUAAAUGAUCGUCUCUCUAUCACAAUAUAAUGAAUUUAUAAGGAAUCAAAUAUUUAUUGCAGAAUCCCUGCUUUUUUCGCAAUAUUUUCAUUGUCAUUUUUCACUUUUAUAUUUCCACAGAUAUAGUUAGAGUAGAGCGGCAUUAUUUUUUUCAAUUUAUCUCUAAUUAAUUUUUCUAUUUAAUAUUCCAAGUUUUUUUUCACAUAUAUCUCAUGUACUUUGACUUAUUAUUAUAUAAUUAGCAUAAUUAUUUAAAUACAUAAACUGUGUUAUUAUUAUAGCUCCGGGAUACUAUAAAACUAUAAUUUAUUGCCAUGAUUUAUUGAUUUACUUUUUGCUUCAUAAAUUAUUAUUAUGUAUAAUUGUGUAUUUUAAUCCGAGAAAUUUUAAGGCUCCUGUUUCCUCUGUGCAAUUAUAUCAUAUUAUGAUUCGUCGAAAAUGGAAAAACCUAAAUUCUUUUCUCGCAAAUUACAUCGAAAUAAAUUGAUUUUUUCACAUGAUAUCCUUUUUUAUCUUGCAUAACAAUAAAUGCAAGUAUAAUUUCAUCUACAUACAUAUUACAAGCAAAAAUAACUUUAUGGUAAAUGUGAUCAAGUUUUACAAUUAUUAAUUAAUUCACAAAUCGCGAAAAGAUAGAUUUUUUUCGAUAUUUUACCAACCUAUAUAUUAUUAAACGCGAGUGAUAGCAUGCCAAUUUAUUUUUAUGUAUUUCAUAAGAAAAAAUUUACAUAAUUUCCAUAAAGAGAGACCAGGAGCCUUAAAAGACAUUACUCACUCAACGUUGCAAAUACUGCAUCUCAGAAAUAUAAGUCGUGUGCAAAGAGAGAAAGGCAGAGAGAAAGAAACAGAGGAAUAAGCCUUUGCGUGCGAAUAUUUUAUCUGUGAGAAAAGAAAGGUAUCAUGAUUGGAGAUUUAAAAAAUUUUAUGUUUAAAUAUUAAUCCGCAUUAUUACAUCCCUGCGAAAAAUAGACAGAUUAAAAGAAAUUGACGGGAAUUCAGUCUACAAAAUUAUAUUAUUAAUCUUCGAAGAUCAAUGAUCUACUAAAAAUGUUUGAAAAUUCUCUUGUUUCCAUUCUUAAAUUAUUACUAUCAUUUCACAUUCAUUAUAAACAGUUAGAUUAGAAAUAAUUUAAAAAAAUUUAAUUAAUGGUAUAAAAUAUGCAACGAUAUAUGAUUAAAUAUGCGAAAUGUAAAAUAUUUAUAACUAUAUUCUUAUUGAAUAGUUAAACUUAACAGUUGUGUAAAGUUCAUAGAACAAAUAAAAGAUAUCAAAAAAAAAGUAAACGAUACCUAAUUAAUUUAAAAAUAUUAGAAUAUAUUACAGCCUCGAGAAACAGAAUUCUUGUCAAUUUUCUUUUUCAAAUCAGCUGUUUCUUACAGGAGUUGCACUAGAUAUACAUACUUCUACUCCUAGCGUAUCUCUUGGAAGUUUUAUUCGAUAUAUAUACAUAUAUUACACGUCAGAAAAAAAUUGCCUGUCCAUAAUAUUUACCGUGUGGCCAUUGUGUCUUCGUAUCAGGACCGGUGGAGGUUUUCACGGAAGGUAAUCUUGUAAAAAAAAUUUGAUUUAGAUCGAACUAGGCUCUUCUCGUUGAUACUUUCAAGCUUAUGUAGAACUGUUUCUUAGGAUUUUAAACAAUAAUUUCUUAAGAUAGAAUAAAUCUGAAAGAAUUUCGUACGACUAA